AUGUUGCGUUUGAAAGCAUUUCGUCCGACGAAUGACAAGAUUGUGAAGAUUCAAUUGCACCCUACACAUCCGUGGCUUGUCACGGCCGAUGCGUCCGAUCACGUUUCGGUUUGGAAUUGGGAACACCGCCAGGUUAUUUAUGAAUUGAAAGCUGGUGGUGUGGAUGAGAGGCGUUUGGUGGGUGCAAAGUUGGAGAAACUCGCCGAGGGUGAAUCAGGGAUUUACUUCAGGAAGGCCAAGGAUUUGUGGAAUCAGAUCAUGGGUUUGAACAUAAUCUGA